CCGGGCGAAUCCAGUAAUACGCUGUGAAAAGUUUGACAUUUGAGGUUCUUUUCGUGUUUUACGAUAGUAUUCGUUGUUAUUAACCUCUUGGAAAAUAUACAAUUGGAAUUGGAAACAUGCAUUAGCUAUUCUUUGCAUAUGCAGAGGACCUAAACACAUAGGGUGAUAUCGUUAGUUUUCCGCCAAGAUGAAUGCACUGGACAACCGUGACUCAGACAGCGAGAGCUAUUCAGGCUCCUCGUCCAGGCAUUCCGAAGAAUCAUCUUUUGGCUAUGAAGAAGCAGAAUGGCUGGAGCAUGUGGAGAGCGACGGAUCUUUGCUGUACGUGGAGUCCUAUGUGUCAAGCACUGUGAGGGAGAAACAGGCACAGGCAUUUAAGGCAUCAGGAGGAGGAGAGAAGAAGCCGGCAUUUUCAUCUCCCUCAAAGGAUAUUAAAAAGAAGAAUAAACUCCUUCGCCUGUUACAGCGCCGGCCAAGUGUGAGAGUGAAGGGUGGGCAUCGGGUAGGUGUAGGAGGGGAGGGGGGCACCAGGAGUGGAGCGGACUUAGCCUCAGCACCCAAGGUCACCUUUAGGGAUAACCCAAGUGGAGAAGUUAGGAAGGUUAAUUUGCAGGUAUCUGAAGGUGGCAAUAACUUGGGUCGAAGAGCAAGCCUAUGCGAGACUGUCUUGGGUGUUGUUCCAGGACGUUUCAGUGAACCUCCAGACUCAAGGGUGAUGGUGGCGGGUCUUGUCCCAGGUUCCCAGGCCCUUAGAGAUGGCGUGAUCAAAAUCGGUGACUGGCUCAAAGAGGUGGAUGGAACAGACAUCAACUGGGACAACUUGGAUGAUAUUCUGGCUGAGUUACAGAUUCCCUCAACCAUCAGCUUAUCUGUGCAGAAGUGUGCAUCAGAGACACUUCCUGAGGAUACAGAUCAUGAUAGAAAGAGAGUAAUUCAGACUCAGCUGGUGAAAGUGGUCACAGGAGUUGACGUGGACAGUCGAGACAAGACGUUUCUCCAAGAGCUGCCCCACACUCUUCUCUACCUCAGUCUUGUGGGUGUGACUGAGGACUCACCUGAUGGGGCUGAUAUUAGGUAUCAGUUCCCAAAUUGGAGUAACAAGCUGGUUAAAGUUCGAGGGAUGUUUAUCACCGCAGCCCACACAGUGCAGGAAGUGACAGGGGAGCCUACUUUGUGCUCAACAGUGUUGAUAGACGGAGAGUAUUAUCAUGUUGCAUAUGUGAGAGAAAAUAACGACAUCUUCCUCCUUGCUCUUCCACAUUCCUAUGUGUCCAGCCAUGAAAUAAUAGCACUGAUGGAACAGAUUGCUAAUCUUAUCAAAUUUGAAUUUGAAACCUUGACCAAUGGCGUGGGUCUAUCCCACAACAAAGCCUACCUGGACCACCUCAUGAGCCACAUCCUAGGGAGUGUCCUUUCGCAGGGGUGUAGAGGAGGUGGAGGAGGGAACAGCCAACCCAACCCCUACCUGCCUCUCAUCCCAACCGCAUCACAGAGCCUUAUCUUCGCCCUCCCCACCUGGCUCAUUCUCCAAGGGGAUGGGGAGACAAAACUUCAGAUUGACAACUGUCUGAGUGAGUUGGAGUCUGGUGAUUUUGGUGAUGAUGAUUCAGACUGUGAAGACUGUUCAUCCCUGUACAACAUAUUGGGUACCUGUCUAUUUUAUAAGGGCAGACUGGUGGCUUCCCAUCUAUGCUCAGAGGACCUUCAACACAUGUGGCUCUUCGUGCAGCACCAUGGCUUGCUCUCACUAACCACCCACGAAUCUGUCAGUCAACUCGUGGCUUGGAGACAGGUUUACCCCCCAGGCCAGCCAAGAGACGAGGGACCAAAACACUACUCGUUGGUUGUUGCUACGAAUCAUAUGCUCUUGGGACUGCUCUUGGAGGCUGGAGGAGUCACAGAAUUUGUUGAAGACGGAACAGGACCAGACCCAUUCCUAGUGGAUCAGGCUGAGGCUUCCUUGUAUCAGCUUCAUGCUCUCCACGUUCAUACUGUCUGUGAGGAAAGCUUGUCCAAUGGGGGGAUUGAGACCAUUGCAGCUGACGAAAAAUUUGGGCGAGGAACACCCACAAAGAAGGCUAAAGAAAAGAUUGAUACAGUAGAUGGUGGCAUCAGACUGCCCGACGUGCCAUCGAUCUUAAAGCAGAAGUCUUCCCCCUUGCCCGAAUCACGGCUGCACAUCCACGACCACACUGGAUGCGAGUGCGAGGGUAGUGUUGGGGAGACCAGCGAGGAUUCCUUCACACACAGCUCCCAGAGCUCCUCACUCGCCUUGGAAGAGGAGGAAGGGGAGGACGAGUCUGACUAUGACUGGAGGAUCUUCAAGUCUGGAGAGAGUCGUGGUCUUCACCAGUAUGACUUGGAUAUAAAGGCACCAACCAAUAAACAUCCCACCUCCCCAAUUAGGAUUACCAGUGGGAAUGAGAGAGUUCUCUUCCACAUGGUGCAGUUGGAGGUUGGGGAGGGGGUGAUGGUCCAGUCCAUUCCUCCUCCAACCUCUUUAUCUCCCACUGGCUCUCCCUCCUUGAGCUCUCAACCACACCCUCCUUCACUCCAGGCUCAGGUUCUCAAUAACUUUCGGUGUGUUUGUGCUCAUAUACACCAUAUACUCCAUGCAGCUGUAAGGGGAAAGGAUCAACAUGGCAUUUACGGAAGUAGUACAGCCCUAAAUGGCAUAAAAGAACAUGGUGUCUUAUUUACAUACACACCCCCUGCAACUGAUGGCACAAAUGGAAGCAAAAGAAGACCUCCACCACUCUCUUACUGGGUUGUUGGAAGACUACUGGGUCCACCAUAUCACCGAGAAAUUUACAUCUGCUACCAUGAGGCUAUUCCCCAGAAUGUAAUUGAAUUAGCUUUCCGAGUGUCACUGGGAUGCAUCAUUUGAGUUAUGAUCAGUCACACCAAGAAUCUAAUUCAUAUUUGUACCACAUAAGUUGGAAAGACCUCACAUCACUGAGAAAGUAGACACCAUUUUUUUUUUGUCUUUUUUUUUUACCUACCAUGUAUAUUUUUUGUAUAUUCACUGACUUCCAACAGGAUAUUCCAAAAGUAUGCACUGGGGAUUAUGCCCACUCAGUGAAAAAUUGAAAGUGCAUGACAUAUAUUAACCCUGUUCACUAAGAUUUUUAAUAUAGCAUAUUGGAUUUUUAAGGAAAUGAGACUAAAUGGAUACUCUAACCUUUGACCACAGGCUGGAGAGCAUAUAGACCCAUUUCCCAAAAAAAAAAAAAAAAAAAAAUCAAAGAGAGUGGACUAUAGUCGCUUAAAACGUCAUAAUGAAUAAUAAUUGAGAAUUGCAACUAUUGUUGACUAAUGUGGUCUAACGGUUAAGCCUAUUUUUGAGGGGCUGCAUCUCCACAAUGAUUGUAGGCAAGGCCAAACAAGCUGACAGUUGUUUAACACACACAUUAGAGGAGGCUUGUUAGUCAUGGCGUUGGUACUUGUCACCUAGCAUUUGGGCCCAAUUUGCUAGCAUGUGAUUUGACAGUAUCUGACAUGAGUGGGUUGAUAAAAACUAAAUGAUCUGCAGAAAUUGUGAUCAAGAAAAACAUAUAGUUGUUCACUUAUAAGAGGUUUAUUUGGUAAUUGUUGUUGUUAAUAAUAUGUAUAAGUACUUAUUCAUGUUCUAGAGAAUCUUUUUUAUUCUUUCCAGGGCAGCUAGCAUUAUAUUCAGUUAUACAGUUACUGUGUAAAUCAUAUGUAUUGUUAUCAUGUACUUAUCUCAGAAACUAGAAGAUUCUGGAUAAUUUCACACCAUUGGAGUAGGUAGACUAAUGACUGUUUUGGGUUCACUAAUACAAAUUAAAGAACAUCUCUGAUCUCUCACAUGAAACAUUCCAUGAAAAGACUUAUAAAACAAAAAGUGCUUAUUAACUUUAGUUGAAAAGUCUUAAAUAUGUGUAAUACUUUUUACUUAAAUUAGUAAUGCUGUUUUAUACUUUUGUAAUUUCAUAAAUAAAUUCAUACAUUAAAUUUUUUGUAUUAUUUAUAUUAAACAUUUUUUAUUGUUUGUGAAUUAACAAAAUUAACUUACCAGUUUACUAGGUCGAUUAAAAAAUUAACAAAGAACUUUUCCAUAGGUAGAAAGACCUAUGGAAAGACAAGUUUUUACCUAGUAACAACUGAUGUUCCUGUAUGUUCAAGGUUGAAAGAAAAAAGAAAAUUUCAGAGCACCACUUUAAUAAAUCACCGUUGUAACAAACUGUACAUUUCUUUACACACACUGCUAGCUAAUAUAAUAAUCUUUUGCUCCUUAUCAUUUACAUACUUGUGUAAAGUCCUUAUAAUUUUCUAGGGUCACACAAAAUACAUACUGCAUGUUCCACCAUAUUACCAAAACAAUUAAUCUUGUGCAAUUCAUUACAUUUAAAAUAUCUAACUGCAUAGUUACUAAAGGUGUAUUUAUCUUACACAUUCUACAUCUAAACAAUAUCCAAAAGUAGCAGCAAAAAUAAUGUACCUCAGUUCCAAAAGCCAAGCAAGAUGAAGCCAAACCAGAUUCAGUGGUAAAUGAUAGCACAACCUUGAGUCAAUUUAAUAUCUGGAGCCAAUACAAAAAAAAAAAAAAAAAAAAAAAUUAUAUAAUAAUCAGAACCAAACCUAAGGGGUUAUGCAUUUAUGAAUUAUCUAUUACUUUAUGUACAUUUAAGCUUUCUUAAGAAUACAAUUCCUGAUAUGAGACAAGUACAGAAUAUAAUAAGGUGCUGAACGAACCUUAGGACAUCCAGCUUUUGCUUAGUGCAUGGAAAUACAAAGAAUUAUCAGUGUCCACCACAAACUCACACAGGCUAAACACUUUGCUUUAACUAACUAUAACCUUACAAAGAGCACAAUCCCUUGCCAUUAAUCAGUAUCUUAAUGCAAUUAAAAUUUUGCAAGAUGUCAAAAAGCAUCACUGUAGAUAAUGAAAUUAAUCUUUUGCUAUUUUCAUACUUUCAGUCAUUACCAAGACAUACUCAGUUUUUUUUUUUCUGACAUAUUUACCACAUGAAUGGACUUUUCCUCACCUCUUUUGCUUUCCUGCUCAUUUCAGCAUGUCCAUCUCCUUCUAACUUUCUACACACACUUCUGCAAUUUUCUUGAUCUCUUUAAAAUCAAUCUCUUGUCCUAACACUUUAUAUUUGGUAAACAC